GAAAUCCUUGCCUUCUGAGUGGCUGAUCGAGAUCCCUUCCGACUUGGACAGUUUUUCUGCCGGACAUUUUUUCUUUUGUCGCCUCUUGCCAAAACAGCCGUUUUUUCUCAUCCAUCCCUAUCUCACUUUUACCCAUCAUUUGUUUUCGUGGAAAUAUCUUUUCAGUUGAUUCAUUUUUUUUUCUCUUGAUAGUCGCUUCUUGUCUUGAGUCCUUUGGGUACUUUUUCAUAUUCCCCUUUGCUCUCAUCAUGUUGGGCGCUUUCCGCCGAAAUGGCGUUGCCCAUGCGCUGCGCGCUUCUGCUCCACGGUUUCUUUCGGCCAGAGUGACACCCCAGCAGCUACAAUGGCAUCCACCGGCCUUCUCUGCAGUCUCGCAUGUGCCCCGCUCGCUUUUCCAUGCAUCCCGAGUCUCUUUCUCUGCCGUUGCCGAAGCUCAGGCCCAGAAUGCUGAGGCCGACCAGGAUGGUCGCCUGUCAAAUUUCAAGCAGCUGGCGGAUCAAGGCUUGGUCGACCCCAUCAUUAUUCGCACCCUUGACAAGAAGAUGGGUAUCAAGACGAUGACGGAUGUUCAGAGCAUGACCAUUCAGGAAACUCUGCAAGGGAACGAUGUGUUGGCUCAAGCAAAGACUGGAACUGGAAAAACACUUGCCUUCCUCAUACCCGUGGUGCAAAACAUCAUAAAGGACCCCACUGUCAAAAAACGUUCUUACAGGCGUUCAGGCCCAGGAGCUACGUCGGCAGAUAUCCGUGCCAUCAUAAUCUCCCCAACCCGUGAGCUUGCGGAGCAGAUCGCUACAGAAGCGAAAAAGAUCGCUUCGGGUACUGGGAUCGUGGUGCAAUCGGCUGUCGGUGGCACUCGUAAGAUGGAAGGCCUGCGUCGGAUCCAGAGAGAGGGCUGUCACUUGUUGGUUGGUACGCCCGGCCGACUCAAGGAUAUUCUUUCCGACCCAGAGAGUGGUGUCGAGGCCCCUAAGUUGUCUAGCUUUGUUCUCGACGAGGCAGAUCGCUUGCUGGAUGAUGGUUUCGCUCCUGAGAUUUUCGACAUUCAACGCCUACUUCCUGACCCGAUGAAAGUCGACCGCCAGACGCUCAUGUUCUCGGCUACUGUCCCGAGGGAAGUCUUGUCCAUGGUUCACCAAACUAUGAAACCUGAUUUCAAAACUAUCCAAACUGUCAAGGAGGAUGAAGUACCUACUCAUCUCGCAGUUCCUCAGAAGACUGUUACGCUCGAUGGCUUCCAGAAUGCUUUGCCCGCCAUUCUCGAGUUGGCUAAGAAUUAUCAAGCACACGUGGCCAAUGACCGCAGUGCUCGACCUUUCAAGGCUAUUGUCUACUUUAACUCCACCAUGCAAGUGAAUUUGGCCUACCAAGUCUUUAGCAAGUUGCUCAACAACCCCGAUGACCGCCGGAGUGGCCACCCUUUGAACAAGAUGUACAUGAUGGAGCUCCACUCACGUCUGACCCAAAACCGGAGAACGCUUACUUCCGACUUUUUCCGGAACAGCCGCUCUGGUAUCCUCUUCUCGUCGGACGUAACGGCGAGAGGCUUGGAUUUUCCAGACGUUACUCAUGUCAUUCAGGUUGGUGCCCCUCGUUCCCGUGACACCUACAUCCACCGUAUCGGACGUACUGGGCGAGCAAACAAGGAAGGUGAGGGAUGGAUCCUCCUUCAUCCUGGUGAGAACGGUUGGAUCCAGAGAAGGUUGGGAGACCUUCCUAUCGAAAAAGAUCACACACUGGCCACGGCCGUCACGAACAUGCGCGAGGAAGUGGGCGACGAUGUUUCCCCUUCUGCCGCGGAGUCUGUGUCGCAAGUCAAGGAGGCUAUGCUCAAGGUUCCCGAAGACAUCCGGGAACAGGCAUUCAAGUCUCAAUUGGGCACUCUGAUGUCAGUCUUCUCCCGUCCGAGAGAUAUGAUUCUCGCCAUGAACGAGCUCGCCGUGCAUGGCUAUUACCUGCCUGAGCCCCCAUCGAUUUCCCCUGGCAUGGCCCAAAACCUGGGCGUGGCCGACGUAAGGGAGGCAAAUGUUUCGGGACGUCGUUUUGGCUCUCCUCGAGGCCAGCGUGAUUCCUCUCGUGGUCCUAGCCAAUUCAGGGGUGGUCGUGACAACCGCAGAGGCAGCCACGAGCGCAAUUACGAGCGCAACCACGAGCGCAACCACGAGCGCAGCCACGAGCGCAGCUACGACUCUCGCCGCCGUGGUUCUAACCGCUGGGACAACAGAGACCGCUAUUAAUCCAGGUAGACAGCAUAUAUGUCGCUGACUACCCGUAUCUGUCUGAAAAGAUUGAAAGAACAAACUUCUGAAUGCAUUGGGCGGCGUUCUUUGCGGUUACUGCAACUACUCUGUACAUUUAGACCAGAGAACGAAUCUUCUCCUCUCCGGAUGUAUUUUUAUCAUGUAUGCCGGUCUGUCGCUUCGAGAUACCAUAUGACUUUUCUUCUUCUGAUCUGUCUCGAUCUACCGGGCGUGUUCUAAGUCGGGACACAGAGAUUAUGAUCUAGGCUGUUAUCUUCUUUAUUGGAUAUAUUGAACAGGGGCAGACGGACACCCGAUAUGUAUU